AUGGCUCCUAUCUCAAUGGAUCUUGUCGCAUCGCCUGCGCUCGUUCACCCAUUCACCAAGGGCUUCACCGCCGCGACCUGGACGCUCGCCGCCAUCACCUUGUGCCUCGGCGUUUGGGCCCAGUUUUGGGCUUGGUACUCAAAGCAUGAAGACUGGCGCCGCGCCGACAGAGAGAAGAAGACGAGUGGCAACCUGGCUCGAGAGAUUGACACGCUGAAGGCAAGGAUCGAUGCGAUUGGCGAAGAUUUGCGCGACGCCGCUCGUCUUGCCGCGAGAGUUCCAGGUCUUGAAAAAACUAUUGUGGAGCUGCCAGGCAAUUUCGAACGCGUGGACAAGAAUCAGAGAAACCUCGAGACCAGACUUGCCGACCUUCCCAAGCGCUACUGCAACCAAAAGGAACUCGAGCCGCUAAUCGAGGCCGAUAAGACUCUCGCUGAGGAUCUGGCCUCUGCCAAGGAAAGCAUUGCUGCUCUCCAGGACACCGUCAAAAAUUUGACGCUGAACAAAUGCAAUUGCGGAAAAGACAAGCUCAAAACCACUCAGUCGAUCGGUUCGCCGCUUGUGCGAACUAUGUCCGCAGCCAAGGUGGACAAGAAGCCGGCUUGGAACGCUUAUGCUGGCAAGUCGAAGUAG